AUGACGUGGUGGCCUGUCUGUUCCACACAGGUGCUCACGUUCAAGGAACGUGUCAACAGCGUCUUCCCGGAAAUCCAAUUUACGAUGGAGGAGGAAGUGAACAACCAGCUGGCCUUUCUUGAUGUUCUUGUCUGUCGCAAAGAUUGUGGUGACCUAAAGACUAAAGUAUUUAGGAAAGCGACAAACACGAUGCAAGUACUGAAUGACAACAGCAAUUACGCAAUCAGCCACAAACGCAGUUGCGCAAAGACGCUCUAUCGGCGUGUUGAGACGCACUGCAGCGAACUAGAAGACAAAGUUACCGAAGUACAAUAUAUUCGACGGGUGUUCAGCGAAAAUGGCUACCCGCGCAACUUCGUCUACCCACGCUUGCGCAAACGAAAUGACCAACAAAUCACACCAACCCCAAACUGUGGCGAGCGAUGCCGGUUGCCAAAUGAUCGGAUAACUGGGACCGAGCAGUCAGUCCAGUGUGUGUCUUGUUGUGUGGAGUGGCUGGCUGACGGACUGUGGGUCAGGCUGCAACGGCUUUUUUCUAAUGGGACCCUUAUGGACUGUUGGCCGCGCCAGCCACCUGCGCCCUCCCCAUCUCUGAUCUUCUACACUGUCGUCUUGACACCGGAUGCAGGUGCCUUGCUGAAGCUCGUGGUGGACAUCGUCGAUAACGAUAUCAUCAAACACUUUGGACUUGAAGACACCUCCUGGAAAAUACACUUCUCUGUAAACAACACAAAAUAG